AUGUCAGACGAUCGAGAGCUAACUCUUCGACCAAGUGCCCAGAAAAAAUUUCGCUCUGCAAUUGGGAAAGCGAUUUUGGAAGAAGUGCUGAAGAAUGGAUUGCCUGAAGAGCCGUUUGAAGCUGAGAAUAGUAAAAAAUUGAGCAAAUCGUUGGCAGAGGAGGCGAGGGAACGAUUGAAAGGAUUGGAACUGCCCAACUACAAAUACGUUGUGCAAGUUGUGAUUUGUGAGAAUCGGGGGCAAGGAGCUCACGUCUCGGCUCAAUGUACUUGGGACACAGACACUGAUGGUCAAGCCAACUACUACCAUGCUAAUAAGUACAUUUGGUGUCAAGCAACAAUCUACGCCCUCUUUUACUAU